UGCAAACCGGCGAAUGCUUCUCCGUCGACGUCGUCGUCUCGAUUGCUGCUUCGACAGUACAAAAAGAAGGAAAUUGUAGUUCGUUCUCUGCAUUUCGGUUUACGGACAGAGAGGGAAGAACAAAUCGGAAGAAUCGAGUGCGUAAUUCGCCUUCCCUUCAGGUCACUGGAUUGGCGUAUGACAUAAAGAAUGAUUUGCUCUCCCAUCACAACAUGCUCUAGGAGCGCCAUCCAUAUCAAGAGGCAUACGGGCACCCGUCUUUUCGGCGUUCUUGCUCGGGGUCCAUCCAGCUUUUGUUAUUACAGCUUACCCUCAGGACAUUUCAAAACCAAGUAUACCGGUCUCGGUGUCUCUGUCACUGACGGAGCUUCUAGCCCUUCAGGUGUCAAUUUCCACCUACUGGGUGGUGGCCGUUUUCCUUCUAACCUUUCCGGGCGGAAACGAAAUCUUGAGUCAGUGUCGGUUAAACAGUCAUUGAAUACCGGCGAGUCUGGUGAAGGGCAUCUUGAAGUUUCUUUCUUAUCCCCAGGUGGUGGAGUGAGGUUUUUGGUGCCUAAACAAGGGAUGGUUCCCGAGAUAAAGUGCAAGAUGAGAAAUCUCUCUUGGUCAUCGAGGUUUGCCUAUACAGGUUUGAUCGUUAGCUUACUGGUUUGUUAUUCAAGUUCCCAACCGGUAUAUGCAGAAGCACCAAAGGACAAAGAAGGUAAAAACAAUGAACACAACGGGAAACGAGUCUACACUGAUUAUUCCAUCAUAGGAAUACCUGGAGAUGGCAGAUGUUUGUUCCGUUCAGUAGCUCAUGGAUUGUGCUUACGCUCCGGGAGACCGCCUCCGAAUGAGAAUGCACAGAGAGAACUUGCUGAUGAGCUGCGUGCUAGGGUGGCUGAUGAAUUUAUCAAAAGAAGAGAGGAAACAGAAUGGUUUGUGGAAGGUGACUUUGACUCAUACGUUGCACAAAUUCGGAAGCCGCAUGUCUGGGGAGGUGAACCUGAACUCUUCAUGGCUUCCCAUGUUCUCCGGACGCCGAUAGCUGUAUACAUGCAUGACGAGAAGGCGGGAGGAUUGAUAUGUAUAGCGGAGUACGGACAAGAAUACGGCAAGGAGGAUCCGAUACAUGUCAUAUACCAUGGCUAUGGUCACUAUGAUGCAUUGCUGGUCCGCGAGGUUAGGGUUCCAAAACCUAAACUUUGACCAAACCCUUUUCAGUUUAGAUCGAUGUCUGAGUGAAAUUGGAAAAUCAAAAGAACACAAAACAUCGAAGAAAGAUGCUUGCUUGUGAUAUACCUCUUGUGUGUUUGUGUGUGUUAUUGAGGUUUAUAUUAGUGGUUUCUGAAAGACCUUUCUUUUUUUAUAAUCCAAAAGUUUAUUGGCCCUUU